GGGACCGCAGGGAUGGGAUUCAGUGAUGUGUAUGAAUGGGUAGUCAACUGCCUGGCAGUCAGUCUCAAUUCACCUCGAGCUGGGGUGGGUGGAGGCUUUUCCAAGGUGGCACACGGAGCCUGAAGCAGGAGCUACCUGCUGGGUGGGACAGCCUCUGCUGCUGGUGUCUCUGUCGUCACAGGAUGAACCGUGGCAGGACCGAGAAAGGAGGAGAAGGAUGCAGAGAGCAGAGUGACCGCUGCAGAGGAUCCAAGAGGAAGAAAGGGCAUGGGCUUAAUGACUGAGGGGUCCAACGCCAAUGGGAUUUACAGGGCCGUGAAUGAGUCAGCUCUUCUCAACAUCACUGCUGCUGGGAGCUUAUACGAUGUAAGAUGGCUGAGAGACAGCAAAAAGUUGCUUCAGAUAAAAGAUAAGAAAGUUAAGUACUAUGUGAACAAGGACCAGUGCAGAUGUAAGAUAUUCCUAAAUGGGACUCUGCAAAUAGAGCAGGUGAUGAAAGAAGACAGUGGAAAUUACACGGUGACUGUUUAUCAGCAGGAUGGAAAAUUGAAGGCAGAAGAAGUAAUGAAGUUGGUCGUUCAGGAGCCUGUCCCUCAGCCAAUCCUCAGUGCUGAAUGCAUGAACAAAACCAUAUCUGUCAAGUGUGAAGUGAAGCAGAAGACUAAAGAUGAAACAUUUAUAAUAGAACUGACUCAAGAUAAAAGCAAAAAAAUCCAAAAGAAUGCAACAAAGUUGGAAUUGCACACACGCUAUUCUGGGACGUUCAGAUGUGUUGUUCAGAAUCAAGUCAGCAAAAAAAUGGCUGAAAAAGUAAUUACGUGCUCAGGUCAUCUGGAUGUUUAUCUCAUCUUAAGCAUAGCAGGAGGUGCAGUCUUCUUUGUCAUCUUCGUGAUUUUGCUUAUUUAUUGUAUCAGGAAAAAGAAAGCAGAAAGGCUUGAAGAUGAUGACGAGGAGCGAAUGAUGCAGGCUCGCCAGGUGGACAGUGAAAUGGUGGUGCGGGAGCUCCCUCAGCCGCCGUGCAAUCCCACCCCAAAGCAGCUGCGCGUGCAGCAGCGGCCGCUGCCACAGCCCCAGGUGCAGCAGCAAGCGCUGCCCCCGCGGCCCAGGCCCCGCACUCAGCAGCGGACUCCAAACCACCCGAGAGAAAGACCUUGAACGUCUGCCCUGGGAGGGACGGUGGUCUCUCUGCUCCACAAUUCACUGGAAAAAGAAAGUUUCCAAUAGUCAGGAACCCCUCCCGCCCAGCCUUGCGUAAUGCUCAGCUAUGAAAUGGCAGCUUUCGUUGCAGAAAAUUAGAGAGAGCAUCAAAUGGAGAUGAAGAGACCCAGUGGAGGAGACUCAAGGUGAUGGGCAUUCAUUCCUGUGGCCAUUUUUCUUCAAGUGCCUCCAUGCUAGGGUAUGAAGCGUUGAGCCUUGAAAGUUGUGUCUUUCUGUGGUUCACUUGUUUUUACCGCACCUUGUUGUCUUCGUGGGUUUUGGAUGGAUUAUAUCAAGAAGAAGCUAAAGCUCUAGUGAGACUAUAUGGGCCUAAGGAUCUUACAGGGUUUUGUCACGUAUCUUUCCUUUCUCCUGCCACACAUUAGAACAGCCCUCUGGCUUCAGCAUCAAAUGCAUGACCUCCUGGAUCAAAAAAUAGUUGUAUGUAAUUAAAUGCUUGUCUGAAGUUGAAAGAAUUGGUGUCAUCUAAUGCAGAGAAGAAAAUACUGAAAGGAGAUGCGAGAGCCUUGAAGCAUUUGUGUGGAAAAAACACAAGUGGGAAAGGAGUAAACUUUUCACUUUCUCUACUGUGUUUAGAACAAAAAACCACAGGUUUAAAUUGCAGCAAGGGAGAUUUAGGUUAGGAUUUUAUUUAUUUAUUUUUUUUUUUUUCAAACGAAGCACUGAAAUAGAUUUCUGGGAGAAGAUGUUCAGCAUUGGGGGUUUCAAAGGACAGAUAAGGCAACUAUCUGCGAGGCAUCCUCAUUCUGCUGAGGGCCAGGGGAACGUGCUACACGGCCUUUCUGAGGACUGUUUCAGCUCAGCUUUCUGUGACUCCUUGCUGGCAAAUAAAAUGAAACUUUAUUCUCAGCAUAGGUCUGUUUGGCUAUCCAGACAAUAUUUUGUCAUAGAAGAGGUCUGGUAUCCAUUGGCUCAUGAAACAAGUGUUGUAAACUGCCAAGUAGGCUGAUUACUAGUGGCAUUGUCUGAAUUGUCAUGGCUUUCCAUCAUAGGGCCUCCCACUGAUGGUGAAGGACUGUGUCCCUUGAUUUGCUGGUAAGCACCUCAUGUAUAACCAGGUGAUGAUAGAGAACUGCUGAGAGAUCUUCCUCCCAAAGGGAGAGGUUGGACUGCAAUAACUGCGCCUGCAUCACCCUCCAUGUGCUGGACAAACACUGCUCACUCCUCUGGUCCUUGAAAAUGUUCAUAACUGCCUCUAUGGGACAGCUGAGGAGCUGAAAGAGGACAGGCCUUUUCAGAGCAAUGUCUGAAUGGGUACGCUGGCCCAUCUGGUGUAAGAGGCAGUGCAGGUGGAGGAGGAGAGAGCUGCGAGAGCCACAGAGCACGAGAUGUCCAGCUAGCAUGUUGUUGCGUUAGGCAGAAGAAUGUGUAGUACCCCUUUCAGGCUUGACUAUCCUAUACAUGCCAGGGGAGAUAAACCAGCCAUCCUUUGUUUCUCCUCAGAAAUGUGACUAUUUUUAUCUUGUGGUACAAGGGCAGGGAAGUAACUUGUCAGGGAGAAGGAGGUCUCUGCCUCCUCCAAAGCUCAGUCACUUUGCUUGAACUCUGACAGCAGACACAGCCCUGGGAGUGUCACUUGCUCUCACCUUACCUUUCUGCAGCUUGUUUUAGGGCUUUUGCUAUUUAAACUUGCAUUUGGUAAAUAUUUCAUGGUUUAUUUUGUAACAUAUGCUAUAUCGCUGUAGUGAAGGAAUAAAGAUAGAGUGGGUGGAGAGGAUCUUA